AUGGAUGCACAAAGUAUACUAGCAAGGUAUUUUGAUGUGAAGGUGGUGGACGGCUUUUAUUACAUUCAGAUACAAUUUAGCGAUACAGAGUUUUUAGAGAGGACAAUACAAAAUGCAAUAGCAAAUUUAACACACAAGGAUAUUGAGGUAUUAUUCCGAUUUAUGCUCAAAGAACCACUUCGUUCUAAAAAAAUAUGGCUCCUAAUAUCCAUAAUGUUUAUUGAGCUGAGUCACGCAAAAUUACAAUACAAAGAUAUAUGGAUUCACUUACUGAGAAUUCAACUGACUUUUAAUCUUGAAGAAACUGAGGUCCCAGAGAGUAAUGAUGUUAUAAUAAAUACUCUCAUCGACAGGGGUACUAAGAAAGACAUAACUUUUAAAAACUGGAAAUAUUUUUUUAUUCUAUUGAAAACUUUGGCAUACAUUUAUACAUCUCCGAGUGAUGAUAUCCAACAACUGAUCAUUUCUAAAUUUGACUAUGUUAAAGAUUUUUUAACAUCCAAUGAAAUAAAAGAUUUAAAUUUGUUAAUAAUGUUGAUUUCUUUCCUUUCGCUAGCAAAUGGCAAUGCUGAACAUCAAGAAUACCCAAUAUUAAGGUGGAAAAAGCAGAAUAUUGAUAAAAUAUUCAGUAAUUAUAAAAUUAUGGAGUUCAUACUAGAUAACUUCAAGGAAAAAUUAGUUAAUUUUGUGAGGAUUAAAAAACUCUUCGCAGUAUAUGAAAGUCAGAAUUGUCAAACAAAGAAAAUUGUAGGAUUAUCAAACUCAGGUAGUAAACGGUUUUGCUAUUCACAGUUCAUUCAUGGAAAUUUAUAUUUGUGGACUGGAACAAAUACUUUCAUUCAUCUUCGAAAAAAAAAUAUCUUUUUAAAGAAAUCUAAUAAUUGCUUGAUUGAGAUAGGCUUUCCCAGAGAUAUCACACCUUUCACUCAAAUGGCUCUUAACGAGUUCGAAAAAAGUCAUAUACCGAUGAAAUAUUUGAAAAAAUUGGAGCUAGAAUUCAACUCAGAACAUGAAUGUAGAAUUUUUCUUGAGCCAAUGGAUAACUAUUUUAGAAUUAGUGAAGCAAAGGAUUACUUACUAUUAAAUUUUACUGAAUCAGACACGAGCUCCCAAAUUGAUAACAUAUCUCAUUCCGAGCUUGAAUUCAAAGAAAAAUCUGUACCAAUUCAGCUAAAAGAAUCAAAUACAGAUAAGAAUAAUAAUGGCCAUUUUAACAUGCAAGACAACUCUUAUCGAAAUACACAGCUUCAAACUCCCGAAAGAUCAGAUCUCAAGAGGAACGAUAAAAACGACAACGAUUCCAUACAAAAUAAUAAAGCGCAUUCUAAUGGAGAACAAUAUCCAAGUUCAGAGUACGGGAUAUUGUUGAAACCACAGCCCGCACUUUGUUCCUCUCCAUUAUCUGAUCUGAACAAGAAAAGAUUACAAAGAAGUCUAUCAAAAUCGAGCAAGAAUCUUAAGCUAGUAAUGGAACAGCAAUUUAAUACAACACUAAAUCAAUCAAUAGAGGUUAUGAAAGAAAAUAUUAUUAUUCCUUCUUCGGUUGCUUAUCAAGAUCACCUGAUUGACAAAGAUUUGGGCCGUCACCGUUUAAUCGAAGGUGGGCGCUUAACUAGUCAGUUUGUGGGACACAAACCAAACAAUAUACCCAAAGUUACUUCUGUAUCCAAAACAAAACCUAAAUCAGUCAAAACUGCAGAUAUAAAUGUGUUGAAUACAAUUUUUGGAUCUGCUAGUUGUACUGUUAGAAGUUAUAAAGUAGGAAGAUCAAAAGGGAAGAAUGUCAAACCAACAACACGGAGUAUCAAUAAAGGUAAGAAGAUGAUCGCAAAUAAUAAUUCUGAAAAUAUCCAUUCAAAUAAAACUGUCAAAGAAAAAAGUAAUCUUGUUGCAAACCUCGUUCCGGUAGAGACAAGUACUUCUCAAAAUAGGUCAAAGGAAAUAAUUUCUCAUAUUAACAGUAAAGUACCCAAUCAAGAAGUAUCUGGCAUUGAGGAUCACACAAUAUCCUUAAACAACUCAGGUACACUCUGUGAUAUUAAUACCAGUAAGGAUGCCAAUUUAUCCUUAUCAAAAUCUAUAAGCAAAGGAGCGUUUUCAAAAUCAAUACAAGACCAACUUGCCAACUCCAUUAACGCAAUUGCCAAUCAGAUGAUCUCGCGCAUAUCAAUAAUCAAUGAAUUGUUAAACAAGAAGAUUAUGCAGGAACUUUCGGAAAAAUAUGAAGUACUGUUUUCAGAAUUGCAUAAAAGUUUUAAAGGGGAUGUUGAGCGAAUGGUUGAAUUUGUAGGCGAUUUAAAUAAAAUGUCAGAUUUAACAGAGGAGGAAGUGAUAGCUGAAAUAAGAAAACGAAAUAUAAUCAACUCUAAUAUAACUGUAGAGACUCGACGGGAAUAA